GGCUUCACUCAUACCAGGAUAACUGGCUGAAGUUUAUUUUGAACUAGAACUUUUUGGAUUAGUAAUGUUUUGGACAGUUACAGAACAUUUUCACUGCACACAAUGUUGUAUACUGUUUUGAAUAGUAUUGCAGUACGGCUGCCUGUUGUCAUAGCAACGUAGCCAGGAGGUGUUUCUUUUUUUUUUUUUUUUUUUGCUAGCAGCUUAGUUAUUUUUGAGUAACUUUUUUCCGUGGUCUGUUUCUCAACUGCUGUUGAAAUAAACAGCUGAAAACAAUAACAACGCACAGCCUUCGAGCUGAGUACUCAAAAUUUAUUUUUCAUUUAAAAAAAUACACAUAAAUAUGCACCGGUUUUUGGGUUCCAACUGACUUUAUUUUGUGAAUGCUUUCCUGAUAAGCUUCCUCAUUAGCGAGUGAGCUAACAGCACUGUCGUCAUGCAACGCUUUGCUCGGAAAGCCAGGGAGUGGGCUGUAACUAAUAUUAGUUACUGUAUGAGAUGAGUCAGAUGACCUUCCUGGAGGUCCUGGGUUCUUUCAUAUUUCAACAAUGUCAAGAAUAGCAUGGUAUCAAGAAAAGAUUGGAGCUUACGACCAGCAGAUAUGGGAGAAAUCUCUGGAACAGGCUGAACUGAAGGGCAUUAGAAAUAAGCCGAAGAAAACCGGCCACAUCAAGCCCGAGCUCAUAGAUGUUGACCUGGUGAGGGGCUCCACGUUUAGCAAGGCCAAGCCGGAAAGCCCAUGGACUGCUCUGACCCGUAAAGGCAUGGUCAGGGUUCUCUUCUACCCAUUCUUCUUCAAGUGGUGGAUCCAGGUCACAUCCAAAUGCAUUGCCACCUCGAUUCUAGUGCUGUACUUCUUGCAAGUGGCGGCUGCUGUGCUGUUUAUCGAGGUGCCUGCAGCCACAGCCAGUGAGGUACUGGGUCCGAUGUGCCUGAUGAUGUUAUUAGGAACAGUGCACUGUCAAAUAGUGUCCACUGAGUCAUGCCGGACCUCUGAGGGCAGCCUAGUGUCCAGCCUGGCCACUACUCACACUACCACCCAGAAAACAAGCCCUUCUCGAAAGAUAAGACAGAGGAAGUUUAAAAAAGUGAGAGCAGAUCAGGGAGAUAAGGGAGCAGCAGAGCUCAAGGCAUGGCACGGAAAGGAGAGCAAACAGUUCUACAGAUCACAGAAGAGCCGGGGUUCCCCGAGGAAGCGUGUGGAUGGGCCCUCUGAAGAGCUUUCCAGUGAAGAAGAGGAAGUUGAGGUAGCGGGGCAACCGAGAGACAGACUCAUCCCAAAUCAACAGACCAAACCUGCUCCUGGACUCAGGAAGAGACUUCAGAAUGCCACAGAGUCUGUAGCCACUACAAAGCAUCAGUUUGUGCAUGGUCCACAGCAGGCACAUGAUGAUGGCGUGACAAUGAUCGCUACAGCAACUCCUCCAGAAGUGAAGCCUGCGCAACCCUCUGAGGAUUCUCGGCCUGCCUCUGACUCCGAUGACAUGCUGUGGGAGGAGUUUCUGGAGGGUUCUGACUCCGCCUCCUCAGCAAGCAAUGACAGUGGGGAUGAGGGGCUUCAUCCCCAUAACCACACCCUGCCUCCUCCCACUGUCCUCAGCAGUGAUGAGGAUAAGGCUUUCUCACAGCACCAGCUUUCAUGGCUUCAAGCCUGCCACCCUUCUAAAGACCGUGUGAGUGCCAUUAUCUGGGAGCAGGGUGAGUGCAAGAAGGCUGAUAUGUCCGUGCUGGAGAUCAGCAGCAUCAUCCUCACACAGGUAAAGUUGGUGGAACAGGGAAUGGGUUACCUGGUCUUCAGUGGGCUGGUUACGGCCACCCUGGCCCUACUCCCUUUCUGCUUCCGAUUGGCUCAGCAGCUUGAUAUGACCCGUCUGAACUCCAUCACCCUCAACGAACUGGCCAUCAUGGCUGCCGGGAGGCCGAGUGCCUACUCCCUCGCAUUCUUCCUUAUCGCCACUGUGGAGAGAGUCUUCCUCACCGGUCUCUUCUUCUUCAUGAUGUGUGUCGCUGAAAGAACUUACAAACAGAGGCUGCUCUUUGCCAAACUCUUCAGUCACAUCACAUCAGCACGCAAAGCCAAAAAAUCUGCAAUCCCUCACUUUAGACUGAAGAAGGUGCAGAACAUCAAGAUGUGGCUUUCACUUCGAUCUUUCCUCAAGAGGAGGGGGCCUCAGCGCUCGGUGGAUGUCAUUGUUUCUUCCAUCUUUCUUCUGGCUCUGUCCAUUGCAUUCACCAUCUGUGCUCAGGUACUGAACAGCCACCACACGUUCCUGGAAUGGGAGAGUAACUGGGAGCUGCUGGUGUGGGGCGCCGCUCUCCUCAUCUUCCUGCUGCGGCUGGCCACGCUUGGGGCUGAGACUAACCACAAGUACAGCAACGCCUCUGUGCUGCUCACUGAACAGAUAAACUUGUAUCUGAAGAUGGAAAAGAAACCAGAGAAGAAGGAUGACCUAAGCAUUGUCAACAAUGUGCUGAAACUGGCCACGAAAUUACUGAAAGAGCUGGACACACCGUUUCGUCUGUUGGGGCUGACGGUGAACCCCCUCAUCUAUAACAUUACCAGAGUGGUCAUCCUGUCUGCUGUCUCGGCUGUGAUUAGUGACCUGCUGGGCUUCAAUAUCAGACUCUGGAAGAUCAAACCAUGAUGUGACACUCUUGAACCCUGCGGAGUGAAAGUGCUCUGUGCUGCUAGAGGACCAAGCACUCUUACAUUCAUACGUGUGUGCAAAUCUACUGGCUAAAUCUACGCAUUCCUGUGAAUCCUCACAUCUAGAAUCAGCUUAACUCUUGCUGCUUUCAUUUAUCAUGUUCACUUCCAUGGAUCAGAUACCUGAAGCACUUUUAAAAUUUUCAAAAAAGAAUUUAUGGAGUUUUCCUCCGUACAUCUAGUAUAAUGACCAAUUUCUGGACAUGGACGAUGAGAUACACAUUCCAAGGGGCUUCUAUACAUUGAGCAAGAAUUCCAUGUGUCCCAUGCUACACGAUGCUUAGUAUUCUAUUUCUGGAUCCAUGAUCUGAGUACUCUUUGGACUAAUUGAAUUGAUUUACUACAGUUUUGAUUGAUAUACUACAGUUUUUUUAACCUUUUAAGUGCUUGAGUUGUUAGCCACAAUUGAAAUUUCCAGUGACUGUAGUGUUGUUCAUAUUUCUGCAACUGAAACCUAGAUGUGAUGGAAAUUCUUAAUGCACUUGUGUAUUUCUACAAGUAUUUCUACAAACUGGCUUGAUCUGAGAGCUGAAUUCUCUGGAGGUUUUACUUUUAAGCAAUAAUGCCUGCUUAGAAAACCACACCUUCACACAAAACCACUAAGUGCUUUAUGACUGUAUUAUGAAGAAUGUCUUACACAAUGUGAGCUAUUUAUGGGAUAUAAGCAAUCAAAUUAGAAUGACAUGAAAACAUUUUAAGGGGUUAUGAAAGAAUUACGUUAUCUCCCUGUGAGUGCACUUGAUUUAAUUCAUAUUAAACAUAGUAGAUUUGAGACCUGAUUAUAAUACUGUACAGUAUUUUCCUCUUUGUUUUAUGCCUGAUCUCUUUAAACUAUAUAGUUUCUUCAGCUUCACUACUAUGUUUUGUACUGUGAAUGACUUUUAUAUACACUAGAUGCCAAACGUUUGGAAGCAUUCAGUUUUAAGAGAGCAGAUAGUAAUAUCUUUGUUAACAUUCAACAAAAAACAGCAUGACAGAGCUUCUCUCCUUGUUUGAAAUUUUGACUUUUAUUGAUACAUUAAUUCUGUACACCUGAUUCUCACAUCCAGAUUCUCACAUCCAGAUCCUCCUGUAAAUUGAUGAGCUAAUGAGGAACUUGAACUGUCAGAAAUAAAGAAAAGAAAAAUG